AUGGAACAGCGCUCUGAGAGCCAAGCACUGAAGAGAAGCCAGGAGGGACCUUUCUAUUCGAUCUUGGAAACUGAGAGACUUUGUACUGCCUGGUUAGAACAAGCUUCUGGCCAUUAUUCCAUUUAUCCAGAGGCAGAGGGGACCCUCUUGCCUGUCACUAGAACACAGUUGCCAGUUUCAACAAAGAGCCUAAUUGUAUUGCCUAAGGAAACAGUGUUUCCUCUUACAAGGUACAAUCUUGGCUCCUCUGCCACGAGGGGGGGUGUUCUUGAAACUGUGCUCCAGAGACCUUCCUAUUUAACCAGGAUGCAAAUUGCAUUGCUACAUAAUUCCCCCUGCUGAGGCCCUAUGAAAGGAAGAAGUUGGGACAGAUACAGCAAGAUAUUAGGGCAGAUUUUCCCCCAUUCUUCCUGCUCUACUACGCAGAAGUGAACCCGAUUUCAACAAGAUGACCCAAUUCUUAGCAUGCUUUUCUACCCACUUUUACCCACAACGCUUCCAAAUCACUGUCUGAUUCACAUUGUGCAGAGAAACCAAAUGGAAAAGAAAAGAUAAACUGGCUACUAAAAAGUAAAAUGGCAUUUAAUUAAAACUAAGCUUCCAAGUUAAUGAGGGGGGGGGGAGUGGGAAAUGGUAUUUUGUUAAG